AGUAAAGAAGAAGGGAGAAGAAGCAGAUUUCUCCCAUUUCCAAGAAAUUAGGGUUUCUAUUUUUUCUUUUUCUCGAUCGAAUUCGCGGCUCGUAGUUUCAAUUUCUUCCGACAACAGUCCUCUUCUUCCUGAUUCUGUCUCUCCGAGUUUUGAAGCAGAUGGAAGAGUAAAGAGAUUUACUUACUGGGUUAGGUGUGCUAAAGCUAAAAGAACAAGGAAACAAAUCCGAAUUAUGUUUUUUUCCAAGAUCUGUCUCAUAGAGGGUUGUUUAGAAGUACUGUUGUAAGCUCAAGGGUUCUUUUUAAGCUGAGGAUGGGUUCGCUCUGUUGUGUUGCUGCGAAGUCAGAUAGUUCAAAUUCUGCAAGUGGGGAGUUUUCGUUUCGCCCCCAUGAGCCUUAUUGGAGGACUAAUUCAAGUUUCUCUCCACCUUCAUCGAGGUGGGAUGUCCAUGGAUUGAUUGAUGGUAUUAGCUGUUAUGGUUCUUCCACUUCUUCAAAUAAUGCUAAUGUUCUUCGUAGUCCCGACCUUUCUCAGGCUCUUCAUUGGACUGCAACUAGAAGAGAUCAAAUUCUUAAGCAACUUCCUGGUACAUCAAGAAACGUUAGUUCGCUCUCAUCUUGUUCUGAUAUUGGUGACUCUGAACCUAACCGAAACUUCUCAAGCCGGCGCUUUUUCCUGUCCAAGCCUGUUCAUCCUAUCCUGCAUCCUUCUGAUGAUGUUAGGGAUAUAACAUCUGAUUCUGCGGAUGCCUGCAGUUGGAGCAGCGGGACCACAAGCAGCAUUGAUUCUGUGGAUGUUGCAGAGCCAGUUCUUGAUUGGGAUAACAACUCUACCAAAGCACAGAGAGUACCUUCAAGUACAUUUAAAUGCGGAUUGUGUAAUAGAUACCUCUCGCAGAAAUCUCCUUGGGGAUCUCGCUCCAUCGUUAGAAACAGAGACAUGCCUGUCACGGGAGUGCUUCCAUGUCAACAUGUCUUUCACGCGGAGUGUCUUGACCAAUCAACUCCAAAGACUCAACGCAAUGACCCGGUUUGUCCAAUAUGCACCAAAGAGGAAGGAGGAGAGCUUUUCAAAUCACACCACAUUCUCCCCAGGCUUAAACCGGUUUUUGAAGAUGGACAAUCUACAAGACCAUGGGGUUGUGCUCAGGCUGGUGACUGUGUUGAAAGUGCUUUUAACGUGCCCCCGAAAAACACCAUGAUGAUGAUAAACCGGAACCGGCUAAGGAGAAAUCUCUCACUGAGAGGAAACUGUAGCAAAGAUUUUUCAAGUAGAAUCAAGAAAAGUAACUCAAUGGCCAAGGAGAAUCUGACAAAUCAAGUCUCGCUUGUGCAUUCUAGAGGGAAAGAGAAAGCUUCAUGGUAGCUUGGAGAUAAAAAAGAGCAGAGAGAUCAAAAGGUCUAUUCUUUGACCUGCUUAAUUUUUAACCUUUUGACAAGUUUUGAUCUUGGAUGAUCAAGUAUUCAUUAUGGAAGAUCUGUAAACAAAUUUGUUUAGAGCUUUUUGAUUGUUAUGUAACUAGUAAUCAUCUGUCUGUUGGUGACCAUCUAAAGUGUCUUUGGUUCGGUUUAAUCGCGGAUCUAAAUUGUGCCAAUUCAUGUGUGUGUAGACAGCUUAGUAAACUGCCAAACUGUAUGAUAUGGUAUGGACCAACACAAACAAUUUGGUACGUUCAGAAAUAUAUUUUUUGUCAGAUUACU